AUGAUGAGUGGGAACAAUUAUUUGUGGCAGCUGAUGUUUGGAGGUCAGUGGCUAAAAAUAGAGAAUGAUCAUGUCAUCGAAACUCACUACUGCCAGCCUGGAGCAAAGGGAAUCACUAUCAACACAAGCAUAGGCAAGGUUUUUAUAGACUUUGAUGAGCUUAAAACUGAUAGCGCAGCACUGAAGGUGCGGAGACUGAGCUUCGUUCCUCAAGGACAGGCUGAGGACAUCGCCUGGUACUACAGAGAUGAUGACCUAUGGUGUGAAUAUGGAUCACAGAGCUCAAACAUGUCAUCGACAUCCAUUGACAGCAAAGACAUUGAGAUGCAUUUCACUCAGAACCCCCGGGGAACCAUUCAAUUCACCAUUGGCCUCACUAUUUAUUCACUGGAUUUUUACACUAUGACCCAAAUCAACCUUGCCACUGGUUCAUGCAGAGACGUGCGCAGGCGACCAAAAUUCACCUUGAACGAUGUUGGAGCCGUCCAGUUAGGCUCUGCUCUCCAGAUGCUUUCCUUGGGCUCCCAACCACAGUGGCAGUUUGAAGGGCACAGUGGGGCUUGGUAUAAGUUUAAACACAGGUAUGGCACUUUGACCGAGUGCUCCCUGAACAGUAAUGAGAUUGAGAGGAAGUACCAGCAAAACCCCACAGACUGCAUCACAUUCACAGUAAAUGGAUACCCCUACAAGCUGGACUUUGCAUCCAUGAUUCAAAAAAACCAAACCACUAAUCAUACACGUAGGAUCAGACGAGUGCUGGUUUGAGCAUUAAAGCUGGAGCCACAGAACUGUUUGAGACUGAGUUAGUGCCUUCAUUUUGGAAGUGUGAGGGUGUUUAUGCAUUACAUCAUGCAGCAUUUACGGCUCUAUUAUAUGACUCCAAAGAGAAAAUGUAAUUGUCUGUUUAAUAAAAUUAAAUCUCAUUAAGGUUAAUAAGUAGAUACAGGAAAUCAGCCUGAGAAUAAUGCACUAUGCUUUGGAUCUUAGCAUGUUAGUUUUCUGUACGGUAAGGAAAUCGUCUGCAAAUACAUUUUUUGUUGGUGUGUUAAAGAAAAAAGAAAGAGCUAGUGGUAUAAUAGGAAAUAGGAUGUGAUUUUAUUAUGUGCCUGCUGAUUCUGCUGAUGCACUAAACAGAUUUGUGUAUAUAAAUGCUGAUUUAAAAAUAAAAUACACAUUUGUUGCUCAUUUUAGGUGUCGAUCUGUUUCCUUUUUACAUAUCUUCCCAUUGUGCUGCUAUUAUUUUCCUGUCUUACUUUUUCUGUUGAGGUAAAAUGUUCAACCUGGUGCUGAUCUGAUUAAAGUCUGUGGUAGGAAUCCUUUUCCAGCUUUAAACGGGAACUGAAGAAGAGGUGAAAAUACACAACAUAUCAAAUUUGUGUUAUUCUUCAUUAAUUAUAAGUAUGAGGCACUUUAUUUGCUGUAAAUCCUGUGUAUAGCUAGGCAAAGACAACUUCUGUACCUGUUAAGGUUUGUGUGAUGUUCAGUUGUUCCGAAUUAAAGAUAAGAAAUCAAAAAUCCCUCCGUAGAUGAGUUUUUUUGUUGGUGUUAUAUUUCACUUGGCCAUAUUUGGGAGUUCUUA